GUAGGCGCAGGGCUCUGCUACGAACACGUCUCGUUUUCGGAAAUUGCUGUCAACUUUUUUUCUUUGUUUAAUACACUCGGAUUAUAUUUUUACAAAUAAAUCUAGAGAAUUUUAAUUAAAAGAAACUGUUAUAUAUAUUUAUAUUUCCUCCACACGUAAAACAAAACAAGAAAAAACUAAAGUCAAAACGAAACAAUUCCAGAAAAUAGUGAUUGUGAAAUUAAAGAAGUUGCAAGGAAAGAAAAAGAACUUUGAAAAUGGGCUUAACUAUUUCUAGUUUAUUAACACGUCUAUUUGGCAAAAAACAAAUGCGUAUUUUAAUGGUGGGCUUAGAUGCUGCUGGCAAAACUACCAUUCUAUACAAGCUGAAGUUGGGAGAAGUGGUAACGACUAUACCGACAAUUGGCUUCAACGUCGAGAGUGUGGAGUACAAAAACAUUUGUUUUACAGUAUGGGAUGUAGGCGGUCAAGAUAAAAUUCGUCCCUUAUGGAGACAUUACUUCCAAAAUACCCAGGGUCUUAUAUUUGUUGUUGACUCUAACGAUCGUGAUCGUAUUACUGAGGCGGAAAAGGAACUGCAAAAUAUGUUGCAGGAAGAUGAACUGCGGGAUGCUGUACUAUUAGUAUUCGCCAACAAACAAGAUUUACCAAAUGCAAUGAAUGCUGCAGAACUAACUGAUAAACUGCGCCUAAAUCAAUUAAGAAAUCGUCACUGGUACAUACAGGCAACCUGUGCAACACAAGGAAAUGGUUUGUACGAAGGAUUAGAUUGGUUAUCUGCAGAACUUGCUAAAAAAUAAUAAAUCCAAAAUUAGAUUAUAUUAAAAGAAAAAAAAACACGAAAAAACAUAAAGAUAAAUAAAAAACAAUAUAUUUUUAUCGUAUACAUUUAUUAUUCAAAAGCAUACACCGAAAAAAAUUCACGUUUUAUAAGUGAAUUAAAGAAAUGUGACGUGUAAAUUCUUAUCACGCAUAGAAGGUGUAAAAAACUAAACUAAACAAUUCCAUAAUUUAAUUUUGUUUAUUUACAAAAAAAUCUACAAAAUACUUUUGUAUUUUCAUUUGCUUAUUUAUAAUUUUAGUUUUUUCAUUUAAUUUUAAACAUUUCAAAAAAACUUCAAUGAAUUAUGAUUUUGCUGCUUUAAUUUUAAAAUGUAUUUCGAUAAAAUAUUAAGUAAACAAUUUUAUAUAAAAUAAGUAUCAGUAUCUUAAAUGCAAUCUUAUGUCUGUUAAUAAAGAACUAUUUAUGAUUUAUUUUAAAAUGA